AUAAACAUGGCGACUUUUGUCGCUGGAAAGACGUAGUUGCAUCGUAUAACACAGAAGAAUCUAGAAAUCCGACGUUUUUGUUACGGUGUGUUACCUUUUUAAGAUGGAGGAACUGACCGCAGCUCUUGCCACCAGCUUCAGUGUGACGAGAGAGCUGAACACAACGGCAGCAGAGCACCCACGCUUCUCCCAGUAUAAACUCAAGCUGAGUCCAUCAGAGAGGCAGGAGGCACGCAGAAGGAAGAUUUUAGAGAUUCAGAAGAACCGAAGGUUCGACUUCUCUAACCAUGCCCGGAACCUGACGGAGGGAGUGUGGGACAAGCCCCAAGAUGAGCAGAAAGUCGAGGACGAGGAGGUUGUGGAGGAGGACAUGGAGGUGCAGACGUCUCUCCACAAACCCGGACGCUACUACAAGGACCAGUUGAUGUACUCUGAGUGGCUGGUGGAAGUGCCCCAGGACCUGGAGAAGGAAUGGCUUCUGGUUGUCUGCCCCACUGGAAAGAGGAGAUUGGUCAUAGCUGCCAAGGGACAAACCACAGCAUACUCCAAGGGCGGCUUCAAGUGCAUGACAUUCCCCUCUUGUCUCCCUGGAGGUAACAGAGGUCAGGGGGGAAGGGAAUAUAUGGGGAGUACAAUCCUUGACUGCCUGUACUGUGAGAAGAACAAGACGUACUAUGUGCUGGACAUGAUGUACUGGAAGAAUAUGCCCAUCUACGACAGUGAGACAGAGUUCCGCUUCUACUGGAUGCACGAGAAACUUCAAGAGAUAGAGAUGGUGUCUGUGGCUAGGAAGACAAAUCCAUACCGGUUUGUCCCACUGCCAAGCUUCCCCUGUACAGCGGUCAACAUCUCUAAUGCCAUCUCGUAUGCCAACUUUGAUAUUGAUGGCCUCCUGUUCUACCACAAGCGCACCCACUACACGUUCGGAUCCACGCCGUUAGUCGUGUGGCUGAAGAUGUACAUGGUGCCUGAUGUCCUCAACAUCGCUGUCCCUUACAAGGAGGUAGCAAAGGCUCCUCAAAACUACACCAACUACGCCAAACAUCUGGACAAUGUCAAAAACCAAACAUACGGCUCACCACCUGAAAAACCUCGACCUCAGUCUGCACAGAGGGGAAGAGGUCGUGGACGGGGGGGUGGUCGAGGUCGUGGUGAUGGGCAAGGUAGUUCAAGGAAUGACAAAAGCAUGGAUGCAUGUGAAACGGUUGAGGACAAUAGUGCAGCUACCACCAGCCUCAACUUCGGGAGUCCUGAUGUUAAGACGCCCCAGACUGAGAGAGGUAUUAUUCAGAUGCCCAAAGCUUUUGACUUUGGAGCAGCUUCAACAUCUCCAUUUGAGUUGUCCAGUCCGGGAACGUUACCGUUGAGUGUCCCAGUCACAGAGACAGAGGCAGCAGUUGAGGGCAAUUCCAGCAACUCUGCAGAGACCACUUCUCAGGGCAUGGAGAUGUCAGCUGACAGUGGUCAACCUGCUGGGCAGGAAGAUUCAGAGAGAAAAACAAGUUCAAAGAAAUCAAAAAUCGGGUCGGAGGGGGGCACAAUAGCAGAAUGGAUGUGGGGGAUAGUCAGUGAGCAAGACAGAGCCAUGGGAGUACAGAAUCGAGUUCCUUGUGGAAUCAACUUAUGUUACAAACAUUGUUUGUCUGAAAGGAACUGGAUCAGCUGGACUGAAGUCGAUGUGUGUAACCCUGGUGUAUUUGAAUGGAUGUGGAGUGAAUGACAAGAGAAGACUUGCUGUCGGGCAGUGGGGUAACCUAGUGGCUAAAGCUUUCGCUUGUCACGCUGAAGACCAGGGUUCGAUUCCACACAUACAAUGUGUGAAGCCCAAUGGUUGUCCCCCACCGUAAUAUUGCUGUAAAUUUUAUAAGCAUCGUAAAACCAUACUCACAUUUGCUGUAUGUUUACUUGGCAAGCAGAAGCCAUUUAUUUGUACAACCCCACAGCAGGGAUUACCAGCAUUAAUGCUUAUACAUGUAUGUAUGUCCUGGGAAUGAUAUGAUAUUGCUUUUUUUCUACUGCGUACAUGGAUGAUAGUUUAUAUGUUUAAGUGUUAGUUCAAAGUUUGAACUUUCAAAUAUUCUUUAGGAAGGCAGGAUACCAGAACUGAAAAUGUAUUGUGUCCCCUAGAAAGUCACUUUCCAACAGGUGGCAGGCAGACAAGUAUUUCAAAUCUGAAGGGGACAAGAUUAUUUGUCAACAGUUUUUAGGUAUCCUAUAUUUUCACUUAAAGGUCACAUGCAACGUAAAACACAACUUUGCAGAUUCUGAUACCUUUCGGUAUGGACUUACCGAGACAAAGCGUCAAAAAUGCAGAUUCAACUUAUAAAGU